CCGAUAUUUUUUUGAAAAAAAAAAAAAGAGAGAGAGAAGAAAGAAAAAGUUGAUAGCUUUCUGCAAUCCGAGGCCAUCGUAGCAAUUUGCUUCUCUGCCCUCUGCGUCUGUCUCUGUUGCUGUCUCCGAGGAAGACUUUCUGCUCCCGAUCCACGACCGUUCGACCACGUUAAGGUUCUUUUAUUUUUGCUUUUCAGAUACUAUACAUCGAUGGAAAUUACCCAGGUGCUGCUGAAUGCUCAAUCUAUAGAUGGAGCUGUACGGAAUCAAGCUGAAGAGAGUUUGAAACACUUUCAGGAGCAAGAUCCUCCAUCGUUCUUGUUGUCUCUUUCUAGAGAGCUAGCAAAUGAAGAAAAACCUGUUGAAAGCCGUAAAUUAGCAGGUCUGAUACUGAAGAAUGCCCUGGAUGCUAAAGAACAACCUAGAAAGUUGGAGCUUGUUCAAAGAUGGCUUGCAUUGGAAACUUCUGUGAAAGCGCAGAUUAAGAUGUUCUUGUUACAGACACUCGCUUCCUCUGUAGCUGAUGCUCGUUCAACUACCUCUCAAGUUAUUGCAAAGGUUGCGGGCAUUGAGUUGCCCAUGAAACAGUGGCCGGAACUGAUUGGAUCACUAUUGUCGAAUAUUCAUCAGUUACCAGCGCAUGCAAAGCAAGCUACUUUAGAGACUCUUGGGUAUUUGUGUGAGGAAAUCUCUUCUGAUGUCGUGGAUCAAGAUCAGGUUAAUAAAAUACUGACAGCUGUAGUUCAGGGUAUGAACGCAUCCGAAGGGAGCAAUGAUGUUAGGCUUGCUGCUACCCGAGCACUGUACAAUGCUUUGGGUUUUGCUCAGGCCAAUUUUAGCAAUGAUAUGGAGCGUGAUUAUAUUAUGAGAGUUGUCUGUGAGGCAACUCUGUCCCCUGAAGUGAAGAUUCGACAGGCAGCUUUUGAGUGUUUAGUCUCCAUUUCUUCAUCUUACUACGAGAAAUUAGCCCCUUACAUUCAGGACAUAUUUAGCAUCACAGCAAAAGCUGUAAGGGAAGACCAGGAACCUGUUGCUCUUCAAGCCAUUGAAUUCUGGAGUUCGAUUUGUGACGAGGAGAUCGAUAUAUUGGAAAAUUAUGUGGGUGAUUUUAGCGGGGAUUCUGAUAUUCCUUGCUUUUACUUUAUCAAGCAGGCAAUCCCUGCCCUCGUCCCUAUGCUUUUGGAGACGCUUCUUAAGCAGGAAGAUGAUCAGGAGGAAGAUGGGGCUUGGAAUAUUGCUAUGGCUGGGGGGACAUGCCUUGGGUUGGUUGCUCGGACAGUGGGAGAUGAUAUUGUUCCACUUGUUAUGCCUUUCAUUGAAGAAAACAUAACAAAACCAGAUUGGAGGCAAAGAGAAGCAGCUACUUAUGCGUUUGGUUCCAUCUUGGAGGGUCCUUCGGCAAACAUGUUAACGCCUAUUGUAAAUGUUGCUUUGACGUUCAUGCUCAGUGCUUUAACAAAGGACCCAAAUAACCAUGUGAAGGACACUACUGCUUGGACAUUGGGAAGAAUUUUUGAAUUCCUUCAUGGUUCAACUAUGGAUACACCCAUAAUUACCCCAGCAAACUGCCAACAGAUUAUAACAGUUCUUCUUCAGAGCAUGAAAGAUGUUCCAAAUGUUGCUGAGAAGGCAUGUGGUGCUCUCUAUUUUCUGGCCCAGGGUUAUGAGGAUUUUGGCCCAUCAUCUUCCAUUGCCCCUUUUUUCCAGGAAAUUGUACAGGCUCUACUCACUGUUACUCACAGACCAGAUGCUGGGGAAUCACGAUUAAGGACUGCUGCAUAUGAAGCAUUGAAUGAAGUAGUCAGGUGUUCGACUGAUGAAACUGCCCCCAUGGUGUUGCAACUUGUUCCUGUUAUCAUGAUUGAACUGCAUCAGACUCUUGAGGGCCAGCAGCUUGCAUCUGAUGAGAAAGAGAGGCAGAGUGAAUUACAAGGACUUCUUUGUGGGUGCUUACAGGUCAUUAUUCAGAAACUAGGUUCAUCAGAGCCCACGAAAUAUGUGUUCAUGCCAUACGCAGAUCAGAUAAUGGGACUUUUCUUGAGGGUAUUUGCUUGUAGAAGUGCUACUGUCCAUGAGGAAGCCAUGCUUGCCAUUGGGGCCGUUGCAUAUACAAGUGGCCCGGAUUUUGCAAAGUACUUGCCAGAGUUUUACAAGUAUCUUGAAAUGGGGCUUCAAAAUUUUGAGGAGUACCAAAUCUGUGCUAUCACAGUUGGUGUUGUAGGGGAUAUUUGUAGAGCAGUGGAAGAUAAGAUUCUGCCUUAUUGUGAUGGAAUUAUGACCCAACUUCUCAAGGAUCUGUCAAGCAACCAGUUGCACCGCUCUGUAAAGCCUCCUAUAUUCUCCUGCUUUGGUGAUAUAGCUCUUGCAAUAGGAGAGAACUUUGACAAGUACUUGAUGUACGCCAUGCCAAUGAUUCAGAGUGCUGCAGAGAUGUCUGCCCACACUGCGGGUGGUGAUGAUGAAAUGACAGAGUACACCAAUUCUCUGAGGAACGGAAUCUUGGAGGCAUAUUCUGGGAUUUUCCAAGGUUUCAAGAACUCCCCGAAAACACAGGUUUUGAUAUCUUAUGCUCCGCACAUCCUGCAGUUCUUGGAUAGCAUAUACAGGAGGAAAGACAUGGAUGAAGUGGUGAUGAAAACAGCCAUUGGUGUCCUUGGAGAUCUAGCAGAUACACUGGGAAGUAAUGCAGGUUCUUUGAUACAGCAAUCUCAAUCGUGCAGAGACUUUUUAAAUGAGUGCUUGUCUUCCGAAGACAAUUUGAUUAAAGAAUCUGCAGAAUGGGCCAAGAUGGCCAUCAGUCGUGCCAUUUCAGUUUGAAGCCAUUGCCACUCUGUAUAUUCUAUUUGUUUGGAAGUCCCUGCAUGCAUUUGGGUGUGUUGAGUCGGGUCAUAGGAUUGCAUGUGUCAAGCAUCGCUAUUUUCAGACAACCGAAGCUGUCCGUCUUCAAGUUGUCACUAACUUGCAUCAUCUCCAAAAGUUGUGACUAACAAUUGCAUCAGCGCCGAGGGCUUGGGUCCUGGUUUUGUCAAGGAGGAAGAGUGGGGGUAGUGAGUGUUGCAGAAGUGGGUUAAGGCCUGCAAUCAAAACUAACAAAAUUCUGUGGAUCACAGAUUAUGUGGCAUCGGAGGGGAAGGUAAGUGACAUUCAUGAAGUCCACAUUUCUGUGUCACUGAGGUGAAUUGCGCUCUGAACGCCAAACAAGAUCUUGUUAAUCCAUACCACCACCCCUGAUGAUUUCCUCCAACGAGAUUGGGGUCAGAAUGGACGAACAAUGCCUAAUUUUGUUCGGUGCUGGCGUCUUAUCACUAACCCCAAGUGCCGUAUUCCUGAAAUCCUCCAUAGCAGGUCUUCAUUCCUGAAUUCCGUCCCCUUCUGUCAUCUUGUUUGCAUCUCAUCAUAUUUUUGCUUGUCUUAGUUCAUAUUCCAGAGUAUUUCCUUAGCAAGCGAAACUACCUCUGGUUCGCCCGAGGUUUGAGCGUCACCAUGAACUCGUGGAAACGCAAAUCCUACAUUGCAUCGCUCAUAUUCAUAUUGAUCAUUGCUAGAAGGUCAAGUUAGUUAUGUGUCGCAUACCAUAUGCAUUCAUAAAUUCAUUGUUACGUCGCGUUUUGAAAGACAUACGAUAUUUUUCUUCUUCUUUUGCUUGGGGAACAUGUAAUCAUAUUUUUUUUUGGGUCAUGUCCGCCUUUUCGAAGUUUGUUACGAUUAAACGCCGCGAAUUGUGGUGGCAUAGCGAGGAUUAUUUUGUUGGGAAGUUUGGGAGAGGCAUUGUAUUUGUUUAUCGGCCUCAGGUCAUGUGUUGUUUAUAACUGGUCAUUUUUCAGAAUUUAAUGCAUAAGCUAUAAAUAGUUUGAUUGAA